ACUGAAGUCAGAUUAUAUAUUGAAUCGUUUUACCCAUAGAUUUUGUUCUUAAUUUAGUACUAAACCUUAAAAUAUCAUGCAAAAUCAACAAAGGAAACAUAGAAAUCAAUAUACGUUUUAGUUUUUGUACUGAAUGUUAGCCAUAACUAUUAAAAAAGCUCUUUCCGAUGUAAAACAUAAGCAAACCCAGUCCUCUAAUCAAAUAUUUUAUUAGCGCUGCAGCUCCGAGCGCACAGCUGAGGGACGGGUAGUAUGUAACAUAGUUUGCAGGAAGGCUUUCCGGUAACACAGUGGCCUACAUAUAUCAGCAAAUAAAAUAUUAUUUCGCACAUGGUUUUCGUAUGAAAUCGAUGCAGUGACCACAAGUCUGAUGUCACACAUACAACCAAAUUCAGAAUGAGAUCUCACAGUUGGGAGUAAUUGACCAAAAGUAAUUGUUGCAAUCAUUCUGGCAAGGUGUGGAGCAAUCAGUCUGAUUUGUGGUGGCAUAUAAAAGCUGCAUUGAAACUCAUGCAUGCGUAAAUCUGCACGAUGGAUGCACUGGCAUUACUGGAGGACGUCGCCAACGGCAGAAUUCGCAGAGAACGGGUAUUUAGAGAUCACUCAGAUUUCUUGGCCCAAGAUGAUGACUGGCUCAUAAGCCGAUUCAGAUUUCGAAGAGCUGUGCUCCUGGAUCUGUGUACUGAAUUGGGCCCUGGGUUGGAGAGGGAAACCCGACGAAACCAUGCCAUCCCUGUUCCCAUACAGGUGUUAACCACUCUGGGUUUUUUGGCAACCGGGUCAUAUCAGCGGGAAAUGGCUGACAGGUCGGGGAUAUCACAGUCGUCCCUCAGCGCGAUGAUGCCUGCUGUCUGGACUGGCAUCAUUAAUUUAAGUAGUCGUUAUAUUAGAUUUCCCUACACUGUGGAAGAACAGGCCAACAUUAAAAGGCAAUUUGCAGAAAUGUCCGGUUUCCCAAAUGUAUUCGGCGCAAUUGACUGCACACAUAUUGCUAUACGGGCUCCAUAUGAAAACGAAUAUGUAUAUAUAAACAGAAAGCAUGUUCAUUCAGUCAACGUGCAAGUAAUAUGUGACCCGAACAUGGUGUUUGAAAAUAUAGUGGCAAGAUGGCCUGGCUCAACACAUGAUUCAUUCAUCCUGAGCAGUGUAGGCAGGAGACUACAGGCAGGCACUGUGCCUGAUGGCUGGCUUCUUGGUGAUAGUGGCUAUCCCCUGAGGCGCUGGCUCCUCACCCCCUUCCAGAACCCAUAGAGCGAAGAGGAAACGCGCUUUAAUAACAUUCACGCUCAUGCGCGCUCAGUUGUGGAGCGUGCAAUCGGCCUUCUAAAAUGCUGAUGGAGGUGUCUCGAUGCCUCUGGUGGCAAGCUAUUAUACCACCCUACAAAAGUUUGCAGGAUUGUGAGGGCGUGUGGGGUUCUUCACAACAUGGUGGUUUGUGAUUUAUAAACGGAACAUUGCCUAAAGUUUGCGUGCGAACGGUUUUAUAAAUCAGAACUAUUUUUGGCGCAGUACGUACUCCUUUAGUAGGGAUUCUACGCACUCUUUUAUAAAUGAGACCCCAGAUCAGUGAAUCUGGCUCUCAUUCUUGUCCUUUCCUGAAUGUCACACACUACUCCCCUCCACUUAUCUCUCAACUUGAAAGGAUGCUUGGAGAGAACUACCUUCAUGUUAGUAGGGCUAUCCAUUUCCUCAAUAUAUUCCAUGCUGUCAACAGUAUUGCAGCAACUACUAAGGAACACAGCAAACCUAAUAACUGGCCAAUUCAGAGCCUUUUUCGAUGUAAGCGGAAGCGAUAGUGUACUCAUUUCCAAAGUGAUUGUUCAGAAGCUCCUUGGCUUCUUGAUAGCCUUUGUCAGGAUGCAUAUGUGAACAACUUCGAACAAGAACCUUAGGUUUGCCUCGAGUAAACUGCUCCAGGAAAUGCAAUCUAUUUGUAAUGCUUUCUGUUCUUUCCUCAAUCCCAUGCUCAAAUGCUUUCAUGAAGAAACCAAACUCCGGAGGAUCUCCACUGAAAACUGGGAUAUCCAUUGGUGGAAGAGUAGACACUUCUGUUGCUUCACCAAAAGCUCAGUAAUGUCGUUUUGUUGCUGCAUGACAUUAAGCAAAUCUCCAAUAUCAGCAACCCUGCUUUGUCCUGUGUUAUGCUGUUUGCUGGAACUAGCAUUCACUUGAUAAAGUCUGCCGCCUCUUUCUGGACUAUUAUGAAGCCUGGUUCUCUGUGUAACAUCCAGCUGACUCCUUUGGCGGACGUCUCCACGGUCUGACUGCACAGUCCUGCUCAGAUGAAAGCACACAUGGUAGCACACAUGCUCAGUUGCUCCCAUUUGGCAGCACCAAUUACCUGCAGCAUGUCAAUUAAAGGCACAUACACUCAAGUAGCUCUAUGGCUCUAACAGUAUUUUUUGGUUUGAAAUCUUUUGAAUUUAAAUUUAAACAUGCAAGCAUAUCAAAGAGGAUAUCAAAGACUUUGACUCAUGUUUGAUUACUCAAUUUAUUAUUUUUAAAACACAGGAGAGGACACACAGUGGCAGCCACGUGCAAAAGACUCGGAGGAUUCCUCCACCAUCCCCAGCGUCUCUGGCGCCAGUACGCCGCAACCACCAACUGCUGCUGCUGCUACUGCUGCUGUCCGCCCGACUGGCCUUGUCCUCCACUGUGCUGUGCUGGAGUCACAAGAAGAAAUUGUUAGAGCAGGAAGCGGCAUAAAUGAUGACCUAGAUCAACUAAUAGGCAUCCUCACAAAUAUUGGUGAAUCAAUAAAUGCAUU